AUGGAGGACAAAAGAGUACUCAAGACUUUCGUUGGUGAUUCAAUUCGGGAUUCACUACAAGAAAUGAAGGAUUCUAUCUCUAAAGAUCUCGCUGAAUGUCGUUCGAUGUUGCUGGAGGUUUUGGGGAAAAAGGAUACGACCUCUUUUGAACCCGAAAACAUAGUUAUGAACGUCAAAUUAUGGCAGUUUCGAGGUGAGAAUCCAGACGCUUGGAUAGUUCAAGCAGAGCAUUAUUUUAAUUGCUAUAAAAUUGAGGAAGAUCAGAAGCUUAAUGUGGCUUCGUUCUAUUUUGAUGGUGAGGCUUUGGAAUGGUAUGGAUGGUUAUUUCGCAACAAUCAACUCGCUGGUUGGGACCAUUUUGUGGACAAAUUGAUGAUUCAUUUUCUCUCCCGUACUAGAGACACAUCUCGUAGGUUCUUACCCAUUCCCAAGAACAAGAAUGAUAGGACGGUGGAUUACUAUCAAGAGGCUAUUCCAUUGUGGGGUAAUAUUACUAACUCAUCCUCACCUCAGUCUUAUCAAUACAAUCUCUUUGCUAAAAAUUCUGAGGUAGACCACAUGUUCGAUAAAAUUCUUGAGAAGGGUAAUGAUGUAGAUUCUUCGGACAGUACCUCUGUUGAAGAAAAUAAUGACACUUUUGAAGAAAUGGACAAUAUGCCAUCACUAAUAGUUUCUUCGGUGCUUAGUGGGUAUAAUCAAAUGGUGACAGAUACAGAUUUGUCUAAUAACAUUACUAAUGAUGAAGCAAUUUCAAUUCCAAACAAAGUUCUCUCUGAACUGCCUCAGUAUGGUCAUGAUCAAUCAAGUCGAGAAAGUGGACAACAUGUCCGUACCACUAGUUUGUUGUUGCGUGCUUUCGAUGUGCACAAUGAUCACUCUAUGAACACGUCCUUCCUAUGCGAAGUUGUUGAUGAUGUUAAGCUCGUGAAAGCCAUCACCGCAGUGAAGUAUUGGAAGCUGGUAGUUGUUGGACCAGCGUACAGUGAUUCUGAGCUCCUUGAUGACUUGGGACUGUUUUCAAUGGACGAGGUAACUGUUAAACAUUUCAGAAUUAGUACAACAAGGAUGUUCGACGACACUCUUCGGUGGUCUUGUGUCAUUGGUUGUGGACACAAGGUUGCAAGACCAUUAAUUGAAGAUCCCAAUUUUAGUUGGACUGUUAUUUUUAAGGAAUUUGUUUUGAAGGACAUAGACAAAGAAGUGGAUAAAGCAUUUCCCUCCUUCACUAAUAUUUAUUUGCUUGUAGAUGUUAUUUCUGCAAUUGAUUCUAACAUUGUCUGGAAUGCUCGAAUUGCACUAUUGGAGGCAGGAAUGGUUGUGCAUUCAGUACACCGACACCAACCACAAGAUAACAAGCUAGUGCGAAAUGGGAAUAGCAUGGAGGAAUAUAUCAAUAGAUGUUGUGUAAGAUUCUUUAUACAUUUUGUUGUGACAUAUAACAUGGAUGUUGUUUAUAUGAUUCAUCGAAGGGCAACUGGUGUGAUUGAUAAUGGUGGUACCGUUAACUGGACGAGAACCUACCACAUUGCUGGAGUAGCUAAGAGGAUGAACACGUCUGUUUCUGUGGCAGCUGAAAGUAAUGAGUUUACUUGUCUUAUGUCACUGGAUCGGCCAAAGGCAUUAUCCUACGAACAUCACCUUAGAGGAGUAUGUUGCAGUGACAUUUGCCAUUUUGGAGGUGUUAUCGUUCUAGUUAAAGCUGGACAAUAUGUUCAAGAGACAACGGGAGUAGUGUCAAUUUCCUUAAUACUCUCCAAAGACAACAUAACGUUACACCUCACAUCAGAACAUCUAGAUCAUUUUAUUUGGCCUAGUUCAUUGUUGGAUGGAGGAAUGUUGUUUCACUUUACACUUGUGACAUUGAAGUGUGUGGAAACUGCCACUCGUCAAAUAAUUGAGAGAGUUUUGGAUGGAUUUCAUGACUUGAACCUUGAGGACAAGGUUUCCUUUUGA